UGGUGUCACUUUUCACUUAAUGCUUUUCACCGUGAAGAACGUAUUCGAUUCACGCAGUGGUUAAAUUAUUCGAUUUGUUUACUCGAAAUAAGCGUACUUUUUGAAUUUUUAUACAAAGUUUACAUACCGAUUGUGGUUUUAUAAGAAAAAGUAAAAAUGAAAACAAGCCAGAAUCAAUUUGACUUAUUAGUAACUUUUAUGGAAGAACACGGAGAUCUCAGUAAGCCGGCAUCCACUCCCAGAGGUCGGAUGGCAAGUAUUAGAAAUUGGGAGAAGCUAGCGUCCUUAUUAAACAGCCAUGAAAAUGGUAAUACGAAAACCACCGAGAAGUGGAAAAAGGUUUGGAGCGAUUUUAAAAAUAAUACUAAAAAGAAAGCUGAACGCUUGCGUAGAAAAGCUAAUGGUGCUGAUGUUAGACCUGCAAUAUAUGCAAAAUUAUCUGGAUUGGAAGAAAGAGUGUUAAAUGUUAUGGGUAUGCAGGCAGCGAUGGGCUCAGAGCUGGACGGUGCAGGAAGUUUCCAGGAAUUUCAGGAUAUUGUCGUUUCACAGCCCUGGACUGCAGCACAAUCUGGAGGUACAGGUAUUGAACUGUGUAAUGUGCCUGGACCUUCCAAUCGAAUAUACACAGAACCAUGCACAUCCAGCCAAACCCAGGUAGAGCCAACACGUCGCAGCCAAGCCUUUGAUUUAGAUUAUGAUAGUGUAGAAGAUGGGGUACCAACAUCAUCUCCAGAGUCUAUAGUUACACCUCUGUCUCCUGUGCAGUACGAACCCACUACGCAGAGCCAUCGCGAAAGGUCUUUACGAGUGCGAUCCCCAUCUCAAAUAUGUGCGAGACUAACCCAGGCAGAGCGCGCAGUUCCUGUUAGAAAUUCGGAUACGGAUUCCAGAGCAUUCAGAAUCCAACAACAUAAAGAUUAUAUGGAGAUUAGAAGAGAACGCAUUAGGAUAAGAGAAAUGGAAUUAGAGACUCAAAAAGAAUGGCAAGCCAUAAGUUUAAGAGCAUUAGAUUUAUUAAGUCAACUAGCUAAUAAGUUAUGUAAAGAUUAAAUUAUUGUAAUCUUCAAUUAUUAUGAUAUGUAUACUUAGAUAUAAAAAUUAAAG